AGACUUGCGGGGGAGGGGCAUGGUCUGGAAGUGGAUGGGCGUGACUUACGCUCCCUGUUGCCAACAGUUUGUAGCCAACGGUGAAAUAGUCAUCUCUAAAAUGGCGUCAGCUCCCGAUUACAGCUCUUACAGUCAGACUGGUGCUCAGCAGGGGUAUGCCUCCUAUGCUGCCCAGCCGUCUCAGAAUUACGGACAGUCUGCACAGCAGGGUUAUGGCCAACAGAGUUAUGGAUCUUAUGCCCAACCUGCUGCUGCUUCUGCAGAUGGCAGUUACACCCAGACCACCCCUGCAGCUGGAGGAUACCCUCAGCAGCAGCAGCAGCAAUAUGGAUCUUCAUAUGGGCAGCAGGCAUCAGCAGCUGGAUAUCCUGCUGCCCAGUCAGCUGCCCAUGGAUACACUCAGUCAGCUCAGACGUAUGGAGCCAGUGGUUAUGAUGGCACUCCAGCUGUUGCUGCAGCAGCUGCUGCAGCUGCUGCUGCUCCGGCUGCAGCCACCCAGUCUUAUGGCUCUCAGGCAGGAUACACUGCCCAGUCUGCCUAUCCUGGGUACAGUCAGCAGGCUACUCCUUCUGCCCCUCAGAGUUAUAAUGCUAACAGUCAGCCUAGUAGUUACAACCAGAACAGCUACUCCCAGCCCGCUUCAUAUGGACAACAGCCUGGCUACCAGGGUCAGCAGGCCGGCUACAACCAGCAGCAGGGCUACCAACAGCAAACAGCACAGCAGCAACAAGCUCCUCCUGCUUACCCUCCACAAGGCGCCGGCUCUUAUGGACAGUCUGCAGCUAACCAAUACAACCAACAAGGUGGACCACCAAGUUAUGGACAGCCUGGCCAUUACAGUAACUACAGGCAGGAUGGCCAGGGUGGAGGUUCUGGUUAUCCAGGCUCUGAGUCUGGGAGGUACCAAGGUGGAGGAGAAGGCAGGGGCCCAGGCAGAGACGGCUUUGACCGAGGUGGAAUGAUGCAUCGUGGGCGUGGAGGCAUGGGGCGUGGAAUGGGCAGCGCUGGAGAGAGAGGUGGCUUCAGUAAGCCUGGUGGACCAAUGGGUGACGACCGUGAAAUGGGACGACCAGAGGAGCAGGAUGACUCGGAGAACAGCACGAUCUACAUCACAGGGUUGACCGAGAAGGCCAACAUAGAGGAAAUGGCUGAAUUCUUUAAGCACGUCGGUCCAAUAAGGAUGAAUCGCAGAUUGGGCCAGCCUGCUAUCAAUAUCUACACAGACAAGGAGUCGGGGAAGCCCAAGGGUGAUGCCACCCUGUCCUACGAGGAGCCCGUCUGUGCCAAAGCGGCCGUCGAGCAUUUUGAUGGGAAAGAGUUUCAAGGCCGAAGGCUCAAGGUGGCCAUGGCACGCCGAAAACCCAUGAUGGGAGGAAUGAGGGGGGGCAUGCCCAUGCGAGAUGGGAUGAUGGGUCGUGGAGGUAUGAUGGGCCGAGGAGGAGAGCGUGGUGGUUUUGUCCCACGAGGGGGUCCACGUGGAAUGGGCAGAGGUGGACCUACCGGAGGAAACAUGCAGCAGAGAGCUGGAGACUGGGAGUGUCCUAAUCCGGGGUGUGGAAACCAAAACUUUGCUUGGAGGAUGGAGUGUAACCAGUGCAAAGCUCCCAAGCCUGAGGGCUUAGGCGGUGGUCCCCCUUUUCCCCCAGGAGGUGAAAGAGGCAGAGGGGGAAUGGGAAUGCGUGGGGGAAGAGGAAUGGACCGUGGAGGGCCAGCGGGAGUCGGCGGCCCAGGUGGACCUGGAGGUUUCCGAGGAGGGUGGGGAGGUGACCGCGGUGGAUUCAGAGGACGCGGUGGAAUGGACAGGGGGGGGUUCCGUGGUGCUGGGCGGGGAGGCCCACCUAUGGACCGAAUGGGUGGCAGAGGGGGAAGAGGAAUGGGACCGCCAGGUGGCAAGAUGGAAAUGAGGGACCAUCGCCAGGAGCGUAGGGACCGCCCUUACUGAAGGAAAACUUCUGGACAGUUCCUUGUGUGGAAUCUGAAUUUUAAAGGAAGUUUUAAUUUAUGAUUCCAGAUUUUGAUGGUUAUUGAACUGCUUUCACACAACCUGUGCAGUUGGUGAACUCUGUUUUCAAUUUAAUUUUACAUUUUUUAGUUGGUCUAUGUUUAUGCUACAUCUUGUAUUGUGCAUGUCUUUUGUUUAUUUUUAAAAAUGCAGAUUAAGUUUAGAAUUGUAAUGUAAAAUGCAAUAGUUUUCAUUGGUUGUCACAAGUUUCUCCUGUUUCCAAAAACGUACUGUUGUAUGAUGAUUAAAGUGGGAAAUAAAGUUUUACUCAUUUCAUGUUGAA